CAGCAGUCUUCAUCUUGCUGCGGUCCCUGGUUAUCAGGCUCCUCAGUAGCAGACUGGCAGGCUCAGUGGCUCAGUUCCUCAGGAGAAGCUUCUCGACAGGCGCUGCCCACCUUGGCACGGCACUGCGCCACAUCUGGGACCGGGUCCGAUCCCAGGAGUCCAAGGAAGCCGUCCUGGGCUGUGUGUUAUGCAUUCUCAACAUGCACAAGAAGGUGGAGAACUGAGCUCUCUCUACACCCUGUGAUCAACCCUCCACCUCCUGCCGAACAGAGACCGCACAGCUGUGUAGCGAGGAGAGAGUACAAAGGGAUGUGACAGACUGUUUUUUAGUUUUUUCAUUUGGAUUUUUUUUUUUUUUUUUUGGGAUUUUUGUCUCCUCACUGGGACUCUGAUCAUGUCGGAAAGCAUCGUGAGGAAGGUGCAGCCCUUCACCAUAGGGACGAGGCUGUCAGCUCCAGCUGUGCCAAAAUGCCAGGAGUUCACACAGAGUUAUCUCCCCGCUGAGACUCUGGAUAACUGCGUGCUGCAGCACAACCUGAACUCCCUCUACCUCAGCCGGCCCCAGGGCUGCGCACAUGGUCCCUGUCUGGUCGCGCCGACUGUCAAGCAGGUCGCCCCAGUGAAGCAGCGGCAGGAGCACAUGGCGGCCGAGGACCACCUGAACCAGAACGUGGCGUCUCCGUCCUCGACGGUCUCCAGGUCCAUCAAGAAGAUCACGAUCUCUGGGAGCAGAGACAGAAUGGAGAACAUGGUGGUCGUGGGAGCAGCGCGGCUCUCGGUCGCCGGGUCCACAUCCGAGAACAACAACAACAACAACAACAUCAGCAACACGUCAGAGACGCAUCGGCCCAGGAUCGUGGGAGUGAGCUGUGAGAAUAAGCCGAAUUCUCAAUUUAAGGUUUUACUGAGAAAAGACAGCGGUGACGACAUGCAGCCCGCUCAGGGACGGACCUGGAUGCAAGUGAAUGGAGAGAAGUCAGUCCAGCAGAUUUCAGUGGCCAAGCUGCAGAAGAAGGAGCCUCAGAGGACGGAGAGUCAUCCACACACACAGAGCGAAGCAUCUGCAGCUGUUCCACCCCAGAGCGACUGCUUCACUCAGCGAAACUCGCUCUUCAGCAAAGAAGUCCUUCAGGCAGAGGCAUGGAUCAAAGGAAAGCUGCAGGAUCUGAAGGAUGGGUGCAACGUUCAGUGCUGCCCCCUGCAGGACUGGGAGGAAGCUUCACAGACUCUACAGAGGGACCUCAAAGACUUUGAGAACACCUUAAUUCAGCUCAACCAGAUGGGCGAGCAGUUAAUCUGCAAGCUGAACCCCACGUCUGAGCUGGUGAGGAAGCAGCUCGGCCAGCUGAGGGACCAGUGGCAGACCCUGAAACUAGCCGCCAGCCAGACCAGGCCUCUGGGCGGAGCCAAGUCCCUGCAGGAGUUCAACAGAAAGGUGGACCAGCUGGAGGCGUGGAUUAAAGAGAAGCAGGAAGAGGAGCAGUCUCUGGUGAAUGUCCUGAGGGAAAAUGUUGACAAAAUGCAGCUGACCAGGAGAAUUUUAGAUCUUAAACAGGAUGAACAGCUACACAGAAACCUCCACGAGGAGAUCAACAACUUGGCCCUUAAACUGGAGAAACAAGGGAAGACAGAUGGCAAAAACAUCUCCAGCAGGAGGAAACACAUCAAUAAAAUGUGGCUGAAGGUCCAGUCUCAUCUGAAAAACUACCAUGAAAAUCUUCACGUGGCGCUGGAAGUGUCCUCGUUUUACCAGCAGGCCGACAAUAUCCUCUUUGCUAUUAACAACAUGAAGAAAAGCAUAUGUGCAUCCAGAGAGCUGGACAGCUUUGGAGACAGAGAGAUGCGAGACAUCGCCAGUCAGAUCGUGAUGCUCGAUGUUAGCGUAUCCCAGAUGUCUAAUCUCCAUCCCGCCCUGGCUGCCAGCGUUGCGCAGAAGCAGAGUGAGGUGAAGGACUGCUGGACGCUUCUUCAGAAGGUCUACAGGAGUGACAAGACCACACUCUCUCUCGCCGGCUCCGCUUUCACCAGGGAAGACGCUGACCUCCUGACAGCGGCCCGGGAACCCCACUGCAACGUGGGAACGGACACGUAUGGGAUCAUGGGAAAGGAGGUGAAGGAGGAGCGGAAUCGUCUGAAGGGCUGCGUGAGCAUCGUCGACUGUGAGAACGGCAGGCGAACCCAGAGCCAAGAUCAGCAAUCGGCAAGCCCCACCUCCGCACCACCGGGAGACGGCCCAGCCUGCGCGAACGGUGCCAUCGUCAGACAUAAGUUUAAAGGGGAAAGCAGGAAGCCCAGACCAGAGCCCAGGCUUGCCACCGCUCCUCAAGGCCACCCACAGCUUCAUGUUCAGCUCCAGAAGUUCACCGUGUCUGCUGACAAGACUUUGUCCUGGCUCAAAGACAACGUCUCCAUGGCGACGCAGGUGUGUUCAAUAGCCAGCUUCGAGGGGCUGGAGGCGGCCAGGAAGUGUCAACAGACUCUGGAAAAAGAAAUCCUCACCAACAGAGCCAGGAUAGAGGUGGUCAAAAGGGAGGGCUACGGGCUGGUCCGAGCUCAGCACCCAGGAAGCUCCAGGAUCCAAGAGUUCCUCGGCCAGCUGGAAGUCCUGUGGGAAGAGCUGAGGCGGAGGCACCAGAGAAAUGCAGCCUUUCUGCUGGCCUCAGAGGAGCUUGGUUUUAGGGCUGUGAAGGUGCUCCAGGCGCUUGGCAGCCUGGAGGCCUGGCUGGAGUCGGUGGAGCUCUCCAUGAAAGAAUCGGCGUUAGCCGGGGACCCUGAAACCAUGAGCGUGGCCGAGAGGGAGAGCCGUCUGCUGGAGAGGGAGGUGGCGGCACGCAGCCCGGAGCUCAGCGGCCUGAGGCAGGAGGUGGACCGCCUUCACGCUCACAACCAUCCGCACACACGAGGACUGCCAGCGCGCAUGGAGGAGGUGGAGAGAAAGUACUAUCGCAUUCAGAGUGCUCUGACCCAGCAGAGCUCCGAGCUCCAGGACACGCGCAUGCUGACUGAGUUCCUGGAGCGGGUGGAGCUGGAGGAGAGCCAGGAGCUCAGUCGGAAUCGCUACAGCCUCAGUCAGGCUCCUCACGAUGACGCCGCUGCUACUCUGUUGGGUUUCCAAAGAAGUGGCCAUGGCGGCGGCGGGAAUGGCGGUGAGCCCCUGAUCGAGGCCAUGGGUGACCCGGUGGAGGAGCUGCGAGAGGCUGUCGAGAUGCUGAAUGACACAGUGAGGGAACGAGGCCGGUCGCAGAACCACGACCAGGCCAUCCAGGCCCUGCUCAGCAAACAUGCCCGCCUUGCGGUGCGUGUGGAGGAGUGCCUGAGCUGCAGCAAGGAGCUGAAGCUGGACAUCCUGGAGAAGGAGACGGACAUGGCCAUCCAGUGCGAGCCGGACCGCUGUGGCCUGGAGGCUCUGGAGGACAAGCAGGACCACCUGGAGAUUGAGUAUGAAGUCAUCAAGGAGGACAUAAAGGAGAUGGAGGAGCAGACGUCGCAGAUGAGUGAAUUGUGUCCGGAGAGAGUGCGCGUUCUCCGGACAAAAGUCCAGACGACGCUCCAGGCCUGGGACGAGCUGGGAAAGAGUAUAACAGAGAACAAAUGGUGCCUGAAAGAGUUUGUGCACCUCCAGGACUUCUUCAGGAGCUACCUUGCCAUGAUCUCAUGGACAGAAGACACCAGGUCGUGCAUUUUCUCAGACACAGCCUUGCACCUCUCGAGAGACGGACAGAGGCCACUGGCCGCAGAGCUGGACACGCAGAUCGAGCAGAAGUUUAAGGAGUUUGACGAGCUGGCGACAACAGGAAAAAAUCUUUUAGACAAAGAACACCACCUCACACAGAUGGUCAGAGAGCGCAUGGAGGAGCUGAGGAGCAUGCUCGGCUGGAUCUUGGUGCACUGGAGGGCUCAGAAACAGCAGUGGCUUAAAAAGAUGUGCAGACAGGAGGCCUCACAAGAUAACAUUUACUCUGAGGCAACAAUGUGUAACCCAUUACCGGAGAGCUCAUCUCCCCAGCAAGACGCCCUCCAGUCUCAACAGAGCCAAGCUGUCAGCUCCUGCAAAGACACAACAAAAACAGCAAGAGACAGCCGGCUCUCGCCCCUGCAGCCCAGGCGUGUUGAGCAGUACGAGGAGAAGCAGGCGGAGGAUGGCUAUGAGGUCAUGAACAGCAUCGGACCGCCGGGCGAGUCUCCAAAGGCCAACGUCGUGGUGCUCAAGGAGAACAACAGCCCGCCUCUGGGAAGCACAGUCAACCUCAUCCUCAGCUUCGGUAACGCAGGGGACAGUCAGGUUCAGGUGCUCGACCUGCCUGCUGAGGCCGAGGAGGCAGCAGAGGAGGCGUCUGAGCCUGUCCACAGGGUGAGUACGUACUUGCAUGUCAAGGAUAACAACCUGGCUGCGGCCCCCGUGUAUGAGAGCAUUACCCUGCCUCGCCAAAAGACUCGCUCUGCUGCCUCGGCCUCCCCCACCCUCUCGCCAUCCUCCUCCCUGCCACCCGCCUCCGUGCCGGCGCCGCAGAUGAGCAACGUGACCUUCCACCCUUCAACGGGAAGUGGCAGCGGCUCCAUCUUCAGCAGCCUCAAGAGGAUGGGGAAGAAGAGGAAAAGGGAGAGGGAUGCUCGGCGUCACACGAUCCAGAAAAUCAUGGGAGUGGAGGAGCAAAGAGAAGGGAUGCCUCAUUACGCCUGCGAGGCAGUCACAUAUGACACACAUACGUGGCCUCUGAAGGAGGGCCGCAGGAAGAAGAGUGCAGCGAAAAAUGGGGGCAUAGCGGAAGCAGCGGCCUAUGUGAAGAACCCCCUACUGAAAGACAUCGAUACAGAGUGUUCAGGAGAAUACAGCAUCACUCCGUACGCCGUAUCAGCAGGGCCGAACACGUCGGGUCCGGUGAGGAGUCACUGCAGAUUCCUGUCGUUAGGCUCUGUGCUGAGCUUUGAUCUGCCAAAGGACAUGACUCUCAUACCCAGCAUCCAGGACAUCAUUACGAUAGCGCCUCCAGAGUCCAAAACCGGGGCAGCGCCCCAUCCCGACCCCCACUCCCAGAGACACACAGUCCUGAGCUCUUUCAGACAGACCCGGCCGACUCCCACCGUCACACACAGUUCUGCUGAAACCAGCUUGCCUGAAAUAACAGCAUCCACAACGGCAGCUAAAGAUGUGCCUGAUGUAAACAACGGUUUCCAGCUUCCUCCAUCCCCAGAAGAGGACGAGGAUCAGACUGUUCCCUGUGAUGACUUAUCCAGAACCGGGUUCGCUCUGCACGAAGAUGAAGAGGUUGAGUGGGACAAAAUGGUGUCAGAGAUUGAAAUCAGCCCAAAUGAAAAAGAUGGGACGUACCAUUCCUCAGAGCUGCCUAUUUAUGUAAACCACCCCCCGACUUCCUGCAGAGGAGGACACAAGCACAAGUGUCCCAGCGUGAAUACGCUCAUUCGAGACCUCAAUGGACACCAUUACCAUAAAUGUGCAGGACCCCAAACUGCACAUGAAGACGGUCCUGGAUCUAAGCUGAACCAAGCCUGUCACAUGAGAGUGAACCUGAAGUCCACAGUGAGCGUGAGUGUUCGGCAGGACUCUGUGGACUCCGGCAUCUCCACAUCCAGCAGCAUCAAGCUCUGCGCCGACGCUCCAUGUGCAGACGAUUUGCGGCCUAAGGGCGUUGUGGGAAGGCUUGUAUCUCUUGAAGUGGGAUCCAUAGACUGCGGCGCAAUAAGAGAUGACAUUGGACCACCCUCAGAUACAUCUCCGUCGUCAACAGAGGCGAAAACUGAGUCUGUUCACCCCGACCACCAACAGUUUGAGGAGGAGGAGGAAGAACUGGAGGAUAUUUGGAAUCACACCACAAAAUACAGGCAGAGCGUCUGCUCAGACAUCAUGUACCAGCCCAGACAGGAGGACUUUACAGCCUCCAACCACGCAAAGGAGCCUCUCGGCAGUUCACCUUCAGCUUCUACCCAGGCUGUGCUCUACAGGAACCUGGUCACCGCCUCAGCACCCAAUCUUCUCGUGGCUGAGUUCAAACUGCCUUCUCACAUUCAGUGCUUGCUGGGCUACGACAAAGGUCGAAGUCCCAAAGAAAACCUUCCUCCACUCAGCAAGCGGGACCGGAGGUCCUGGGCAGCUUUUACAAACGGGGAAUCAACCGGCAAGACUUCAGUGGUGGUGAACGAGACCGCAUCUGAUCCAGUGAAGCUGCCGGAUGUGGGGGACAAUCAGAGAUAUAUUUAUCAGUACAGGGAGGAUGAGGAGGAAGAGGAGACAAAUGUGGGGGAGGAGGAGGAGGAGGAGGAGGAGGAAGACGAGCACACAGGUGGCUUGAAGGAUGAGUCCAUGAGCCUGCUGUCAGUUCACAUAGGUCUGGAUGGGAGCAGCCAGCAGAACAAAGCCUCAAUACACCCUCAAGACACAGAGAAUCCAGAGCAGCAGAUGGCCACAGGGGGGCGCUGUUUCAUUCUGCCCUUUCAGAGUGGAAAGCCUGAGCUGCAGUCUAUGGAGGGAACGCUGGAAAGGAAGCACAAGCUACAGCUGGGAGGAAAGAAAGCUGCCUCCAGAGGCUGGAACUGCUACCAUGCUGUCCUGUAUCGAAACACCUUGUGCUUCUACCAGGAUAGAAAGGAUAUACUGAGGAGUUCUGCAUGUGGCCUCCCGCUGAACCUCACCGGAGCCGAGUGUUCACCUGCCCCAGAGUACACCAAGAAACCCAACUGCUUUCGACUGCGGCUGCGCGAUGGGUCUGAAUAUCUGCUCAACGCCUCUUCGCGCUUCAUGAUGAAGAAAUGGAUGAUGAAGAUCCAAGCAAGCACCGGUCAAAGUGAGCCUGCCGGUGUCCCUGCUGAUCGAGAUCUCACCAUAUCUGUAUGUGACAAUCCAGCCGGUCGCCACACUCCCUCCGGACGUGACGGCACCAGCACGUUCCCCAGGAACAAACCACGGGGGAUCGCCCACGCCAAAGAGAUCGUCGUCCUCACCAGAGAGUUCACCCACAUGUCACAGAGUCGCUUAGACGAACCGUCGGCCGCCUGUUCUUCAGACGCUGACACCUGUGCUCUAGAUAGAGAUGAAGGCAGCUUAAAGGAGACAGUGACUCACAGGCUCUCUGGAGGAUUCAGAGGUAACACCUCUCCCUCCCCUGUAUCCUGCGGCCAGGACUGGCUCAGCAGCAAGCGCCGCUCCCACUCCUUUACAUCAGCAACUUACCAGAAGAUCAAGCCUGUGCUGCACACCCUGGGAGGGAAGGUGCCUGAAAGAGGCUCCAACUACUGUGUGACCCUGGUGGUGGGAGACAAGGCAGCAGAGAGCCCGGUGAUGAGCAGGAGCUCCGAGCUGCCGCUGCUGACCUUAGCUGGGUGGCAGCAGGACAGGAAUCAGGAGGCUGCCCUGAGAAGCUACACCAGCCUGCCGCGUCCACGAAACAAGUCUGUCUUCAAAAAGUUCUUUGGGAAAAAGGACUUCUGAGUCAACGGUUCUACUAGUGGAGUGUUUUUCAAAUAGGUCCUAAUGUGCGGUGCACAUAUAAAGCAAAUACUACCAUAGAAAUGCUACUACUGACCAUAUUUAUGAUCAAAGGAUCCACCACAGUUUUAUUUUUGACGUGCUUUGAAUGAAUUCCUUCACUUUUUAUCGGCGUGUAUAUUGAUUCUUUAGUUGUGUUCAUACUGAAACAGUGUAUGAGUGUUUACUGUGCAGUUGCAGGUUUGAUUGAUUGAAUAACAAGUCUUAUUUUUCUCUUCUAUCUGUUUUCUAAUCGAUACCUUAUUGGAUUGUGAGCUGUAAACUUUUCUGUAUCAAUCCACAUCCCGUUGAUAUUACCUUCGCUCCUUGAUGACCAAGUAUUUCCUAUAACUUGAGCCCCCGAGGCUCGCAGUGCCGUUUCAUCGUCACAGCUCCUUUAUUCGGCUUGUACAGAGUGUGUUCAAAGCAUUUCACCUAACCACAUAUCAGCAGUUUGAUACUGCCCGUGCUUGUUUGAU